UCUCGUGGUUGACGUCGAACCGUCCAAUAUUGCAUCCAUGCCAUCCAGUGCCACCUUGGACGCAUUGUUGGUGAAUGGAACAAUAUAUACCCUAACCUCUACAUCCGAUACUGGCCAUAGUGAGCUCGUUUCUGACAAAAUUGUCCUGACAGGCCCAGCCGCAGCGGACGAAAACAAAUAUAAAGACUCUUCGAUUUCUUGCGCAACAUCAAACUUGGAUGCACAUAGCAUUGAAGUUGAUACAGCCAGUGGGAUGGUGUGUAUGAAAGUUGGCAAUACUGUGUAUCAGAUGCCCUUGUGUGGGGUUCCUCCUGCAGCCUUGGAUAUUGCAACUGGUCAGCUGCUUUCAUCUCAUGACUCGGUCCUCACAUCUCAAGGGAACAACUUCCUGGAACUUUCCAUAGCUGACCCAGCGACAGAUACGGAUACAGGACAGACUCUCCCUCCUGGACAAAAUCUGCCCGACCUGUCGAAACUUGUGCCAAUUGAAGAGCCUUCUUCAUCAGGACAAGACACAAACACCAUGAAUAAGAGGAAAGGAGGUUGGCCAAAAGGGAAACGAAGAAAACCGGAAAUCGGGGAUAAGAAUGCUCCGAAGGCCCCAACAACAGGGUAUGUUUUAUUCGCCAUUGAAAGAAGAAAAAUUCUUGAAGAUGAAAAUCCGCAGUUGUUCUUCCCAGAAAUAACGAAGAUGCUUGGAAGUGAAUGGUCGGCACUGCCGGCCAAAAAGAAACAAAAGUACUUGGAUGAAGCGGAGGCUGACAAGAAGCGUUACAUUGAGGAGCUGAAGGCCUAUCAACAGUCGGACGCUUACCAGAAUUUUGUGAAAAAGAAAAAGCUGAACGGACAUGGCAAUUCGCUCGAUGGGGGCACUUCAAAUUCCGUUAUAGACUUAGAUGAGGAUGAUGGCUUGUGCUGUAAAGUCUGUGAUAAAUACUUUAACUCGCUUCAUAAUAAGAAAGAACACAUGUUUGGAAAACUUCAUUUACAAAGGAUCAAAGGAGAAUACGAACUUGAGCAAUAUAAUAGUGCCAACCAGAAACAGAACGACAAUCUCAUAGUGCCAUCAUCUCGGAGUACACCUGUCGAGUCAGCAGAAGAGAAACAUGAAAACACUGUGGUAGAUUUAGAUAGUUUUAUACAGGAAUUUAUGGAGAAAAAUAUGGAAAGAGAACUAGAAAUAAAAGCGCUAAAAGACUCGCUGCAAGCUGCCAGUGAACUGAAUACACAAUAUGGAAAACAAAUCACAGAAAUAAGGGACCUUGAUACGAAACUAGAACAAGAUCUCGCCACAAUGAAAGCAUACGGUACAUCCUUGAACGCCCAGAUUGACAUGCUGAAAAUGGUCCCGACGUUAUUCGGGGUGAUAAACUUUUAGUUAUUUAUUUCCGCCAACAUAGUAUGGUGUGUUUGCCGACAGAGGCUGCAAAAUCUAGUCAGAAAGUCAUCAGGGGAGCAGCUGGUUCUUGAAGUGUCAAACACCGUGGAGCUGGUUAACCGUCCUGUUUUGGAAGAAAAAUGGUAUAUGUAAAAUAAAAUUACUUUCAACCCGAAAAUAUUUGCGUGCCAUAUAUUUUUGCGUUAACAGAUAAUCGCAAACAUAUAAAGCUAUGAUAAAGAGCAUCUACGGUAAUUGAAAUUUUUCGGGCGGGUUGUCAAAACACUAAAACAAAAAGUACGAAAAUGAUGCAGUUUCACAAACCCUGAAAUGAAUUGGCCGUGAAUAUUACCGGAUUGGCAUUGUAUUCGUCUCAUCACAACAGUGUUGACUUUCUGAAAUGGUGUUCAAAAUCAGUUUUUUCCAUAACAGAUUGCCUUGAUAAUCUAUGGUCGAAUCGAUGCGACUCAAAUGUAAGCCAUGCCAACAGAAGCAAGUUGUAAAUGAAAUAAUUAAGGGUGAAUUAUUAUAAGAUAGGCCCACAAAUGAAAAAUCACCAUCUUAGAAUUGGGACAUCUUUUCGAGAUGCAUUAAGGGUGGUGGUCAAACAACAGGAUUCUGCAGAGUUAGUUCUGAUCAACCCUUCACCUGCGAAGUGGGCCACUCCCAAAGUUUUAGGCACACACGAAAGCACGCGUUUUCAAACGCAUGUCUUUGUCAACCUGAACUGAGUCUUUUCUGUUAUUUUGCAGAUGGUAAUUUUCCAACUUUUGCUAUUUCUGGGCAUAUCUUAUAAAAAAUCAGUCUUAAGAUGAGUUUGGAAAAGAAGAUUCCACCAUUUCAUCGGGUCUCCACUAGAUAUUUGCAUGGUAUUUGUGUUAUGAAGUAAAUGAACUAUUUUAAGUGCAUUA